GCUGAACUCACUGGCAUCAAAUGGCGUAGGUACAAUUUUGAAGGUCAUGGGGACUGUGGCCCAAUCAUUUCAGCCCCAGCACAGGAUGAUCCCAUUCUGCUCAGCUUCAUCCGCUGCCUUCAGGCCAACCUGCUGUGCGUGUGGCGCCGCGACGUCAAACCGGAUUGUAAGGAGCUCUGGAUAUUCUGGUGGGGAGAUGAGCCCAACCUGGUGGAUGUGAUACAUCGGGAGCUGCACAUGGUGGAAGAAGGACUGUGGGAGAAUGGACUUUCCUAUGAGUGUAGGACCCUGCUCUUCAAAGCAAUUCAUAACCUUCUGGAGAGAUGCCUGAUGGAUAAAAACUUCGUGAGAAUUGGAAAGUGGUUCAUAAGACCCUAUGACAAGGAUGAGAAGCCUGUUAAUAAAAGUGAACACUUGUCGUGUGCCUUCACAUUCUUCCUGCACGGGGAAAGCAAUGUGUGCACGAGUGUGGAGAUCGCUCAGCACCAGCCCAUCUACCUGAUCAACGAGGAGCACAUCCAGAUGGCCCAGUCCUCUCCCUCACCCUUCCAAGUGCUGGUGAGCCCCUAUGGGCUGAACGGGACCCUGACGGGGCAGUCGUACAAGAUGUCAGACCCAGCGACUCGCAAGCUGAUGGAGGAGUGGCAGUACUUCUACCCCAUGGUGCUGAAGAAAAAAGAAGGCAUGAAAGAGGAAGAGGAGUUGGGAUAUGACAACGAUUUCCCUGUGGCAGUCGAAGUCAUUGUUGGUGGUGUGAGGAUGGUGUAUCCUUCAGCCUUUGUUCUCAUCUCCCAGAGUGACAUCCCUGUGUCACAGAACACUGCCAGUGCUGGAGGCCAUAUAAAUGUGGGACAGCAGGGGCUUGGAAGCGUGAAGGAUCCUGCCAGUACCUGUGGGAUGCCACUCACUCCCCCCACUUCUCCAGAGCAGGCUGUUAUGGGAGAGAGUGGAUGCUCUCAGAGCAGUAUCAGCCAUUCAGCUGUGCAGGAGGGAACAGUCAGUGUCCACAGUCCAAAGAAAUCAAGCAAGAUUACUCCAAAAUUUCACAAUCGUAUGGUUCACCGUGUGUGGAAGGAAUGCAUUCUCAACAGGUCACAGGCCAAGAGGAAUCAAAUUACAACUGCAAAUUUGGAAGAGGAAGUUCCUAACAAUACUGUUUCGUGGGAUUUUGUGGAUCCAGUCCAAAGAGUCAGUUGUUCUUGUUCCAGGCACAAGGUGUUGAAGCAGCGCUGUGCCGCUGGCUCCAGCCGUCCCCCAACGAUAAACCAGCCUGGAUUCAGCGUGGGAGCAGCAGCAUCCUCGGCAUUGCCCCCUCCUGCCUCCUCAAAGCACAAAACAACAGAGAGACAGGAAAAAGGAGAGAAACUGCAGAAAAGGCCCAUGAUGCCAUUUCACCAUCGGCCCUCUGUGACUGAAGAGCUAUGCAUGGAGCAGGACACGUCAGGGCAGAAACUGGGAUUAGCCGGGAUGGAGCCUGCUUUGGAGGUCUCGAAUUCCAGAAAAUAUGAGAAGCCUCUAUCUCUACCUGCUAGAAAUCCAAGCAAGCAAAUUAAUAUGAAUCCUAUGGAUUCACCCCAUUCCCCUACUUCCCCUCUGCCUCCCACUCUGAGCCCCCAGCCCAGAGGGCAGGAAGCAGAGAACAUGGACCCACCUUCCGUACCGGUAAACCCAGCACUCUAUGGCAGUGGGCUGGAGCUCCAGCCACUGCCCAGCUUAGAUGACAGGACAGUCCUUGUUGGACAGAGGUUACCUCUGAUGGCAGAGGUCAGUGAGACAGCAUUAUACUGUGGCAUAAUUCAGAACAAUGAGUCCGUGGACAUGUGGAGGACCUACAGUGUCCCAUCGAGUGACGACCCGGAGUUCAGGCCGCCGGAGCUGCCGUGCGAGAGGUAUGAUGCCAAGAUGGAAGUAAACCCGGACAGCACCGCAUUGAAAAGGCUCUUGGCACAACCUAAUAAACGGUUUAAAAUUUUGGAAGAGCAGAAAGCAGUGCAGCCCCUGAGCUAUCUUGACCCUUUGCCUCUACUACAACAACCUGGAGAAGGCUGGGGAGACACUAGUGAUCCUUACACCUUCGAAGAUGGUGAUAUCAAGUACAGCUUCACUGUCAAUAAAAAAUGCAAACUUGGGGCUGAGAAAGAUCCUUUGAAAAAGACCAAGUCAGAAGAUGGAAUUGGUCCCAAGGAAAUCCCCACAACAGGACACUCUACUCCAGUUCCUGAUGGAAAAGAUGCCAUGUCCAUUUUCAGUUCUGCUCCUAAGACUGAUACCAGGCAAGACAACGCUGCAGGCCGAGGUGGCUCUGGGAGCCUCACCCAGGUGACAGAUCUGGCUCCAUCCCUUCACGACCUAGAUAACAUCUUUGACAAUUCAGAUGAAGAUGAGCUUGGAGCUGUGUCUCCUGCUCUUCGGUCAUCCAAGCUGCCUGCAGCAGGAUCUGAGGAGAGGCUUGUGGGGAAGGAUGGCAGGACAGCAGUUCCUUACCCACCCACUGGGGCAGAUCUCCAGAGGAUGUUCCCAACACCACCUUCUUUAGAACAACACCCUGCCUUCUCCCCAGUAAUGAGUUACAAAGAUGGGAUAAGCUCAGAGACUGUGACUACCUUGGGAAUGAUGGAGAGUCCUAUGGUCAACAUGGUUCCAACACAGCUUGCUGAGUUUAAAAUGGAGGUGGAAGAUGGAUUAGGUAGCCCAAAACCUGAAGAAAUUAAGGAUUUCUCGUAUGUGCACAAAGUUCCAUCAUUUCAACCAUUCGUGGGCUCCUCCCUGUUUGCUCCGCUGAAGAUCCUGCCCAGCCAGUGCCUCCUACCUCUGAAGAUACCUGAUGCCUGCAUCUUCAGGCCUUCUUGGGCUGUUCCUCCUAAAAUUGAACAACUUCCUCUGCCACCUGCAGCCACUUUCAUCAGAGAUGGCUACAACAAUGUGCCUAGUGUUGGGAGUUUGGCCGACCAGGAUUACCUGCAGAUGAACACCCCUCAGAUGAGUACCCCAGUGACGCUGAACAGCGCCGCUCCGGCCAGCAACAGCGGGGCGGGAGUGCUGCCGUCCCCGGCCACCCCGCGCUUCUCCGUCCCCACCCCGCGCACGCCCAGGACCCCCAGGACUCCCCGAGGAGGGGGCACCGCCAGCGGCCAAGGCUCCGUCAAGUAUGACAGCACAGAUCAGGGGUCACCUGCCUCCACCCCUUCCACCACGCGGCCGCUGAACUCCGUGGAGCCGGGCACGGUGCAGCCCAUCCCGGAAGCUCACAGCCUCUACGUCACCCUGAUUCUCUCCGACUCCGUGCUCAACAUCUUCAAGGACCGUAACUUCGACAGCUGCUGCAUCUGCGCCUGCAACAUGAACAUCAAGGGUGCUGAUGUGGGGUUGUACAUCCCGGAUUCAUCCAACGAGGAUCAGUAUCGCUGCACCUGUGGCUUCAGCGCCAUCAUGAACCGCAAGUUAGGCUACAACUCCGGGCUCUUCAUCGAGGAUGAGCUGGAUAUCUUCGGCAAGACCUCAGACAUCGGCCAAGCCGCGGAAAGGCGACUCAUGAUCUGUCAGAGCAACUUGAUCUCACAGAUGGGAGAGGGAGCUCGAAGGAGCCAAGAGCCUCCAAUGAGCCUCCUCCUCCUCCUGCAGAACCAGCACACCCAACCUUUCACAUCCCUGAGCUGCCUGGAUUACAUGUCCUCCAACAACCGCCAGACGCUCCCGUGCGCGAACUGGAGUUACGACCGGCUGCAGGCAGACAGCAACGACUCCUGGGUGGAAUGCUUCAACGCCCUGGAGCAGGGCAGGCAGUAUGUGGACAACCCCACGGGGGGAAAGGUGGACGAAGCCCUUGUGAGAAGUGCCACUGUCCAUUCUUGGCCUCACAGCAAUGUGUUGGACAUCAGCAUGCUCUCCUCCCAGGACGUGGUGCGCAUGCUGCUCUCGCUCCAGCCCUUUCUCCAGGAUGCCAUCCAGAAGAAACGGACAGGAAGGACCUGGGAGAACAUCCAGCACGUGCAGGGACCACUCACCUGGCAACAAUUCCAUAAGAUGGCAGGACGGGGAACCUAUGGCUCUGAGGAAUCUCCUGAGCCUCUUCCAAUCCCGACGUUGCUCGUGGGCUAUGACAAGGACUUCCUGACAAUCUCUCCGUUCUCCUUGCCCUUCUGGGAGAGGCUCUUGCUAGACCCAUACGGGGGCCAUCGGGAUGUUGCCUAUAUCGUGGUGUGUCCGGAAAAUGAGGCCUUGCUCGACGGAGCCAAAACUUUCUUCAGGGACUUGAGUGCUGUAUACGAGAUGUGUAGGCUUGGCCAGCACAAACCCAUCUGCAAAGUGCUCCGUGACGGGAUCAUGCGGGUGGGCAAGACUGUGGCCCAGAAGCUGACGGAUGAGCUGGUGAGCGAGUGGUUUUCCCAGCCCUGGGGCUCCGAGGAGUGCGACAAUCAUUCCAGGCUCAAGCUGUACGCGCAGGUUUGCCGGCAUCACCUAGCACCUUACUUAGCCACUCUGCAGCUGGACAGCAGCCUGUUGCUGCCCCCCAAGUACCAAACUCCUGCGCCAGCAAGCCAGUCACAGCCAGCUCCUGGGAACACUGGACCUGCACCCUCCAACCCCACGUGUCUCUCGGCUGCUGGGGCCCCACCAACAGGCAGUUCCUUCAGCUCCACACCCAGUGGUGGGACCACAAGCCUUCCAGCAGGGAGUACUUCAUCCUCUGGGUCCUCCGUGCCACAGCUGUCAGCAUCCUCUGCAACCCCCAGCGCUAACCAGAUGACCACCUCCUCCACUCCAGGGUUUAGUGGGAAUGUUGGUUCAGGGCAGAACAGCAGCACUGGGGGAAGCACAGCAGAGCGUUCCCAGGGCAGCACAGCUCCUGGGGGAGACACGGAGUCAGGGCAGAGCUUACCACAGCAGCAGCAAGAGGGACAGGAAGGUGUCACGGAGCGGGAGCGGAUCGGGAUCCCCACGGAGCCAGAGUCUGCCGACAGCAAUGCCUAUCCCCCAGCAGUGGUCAUCUACAUGGUGGACCCUUUCACCUACACUGCAGAUGAGGAAUCUGCCUCAACCAACUUCUGGCUCUUGAGUUUGAUGAGAUGCUACACAGAAAUGUUGGAUAACUUGCCUGAGAAUAUGAGGAAUUCUUUCAUUCUCCAGAUUGUGCCUUGCCAGUACAUGCUGCAGACAAUGAAGGAUGAACAGGUUUUCUACAUUCAGCACUUGAAGUCUUUGGCAUUCUCGGUGUACUGCCAGUGCAGGAGGCCACUGCCCACACAGAUCCACAUCAAGUCUCUCACAGGCUUUGGGCCAGCUGCCAGCAUUGAGAUGACCCUCAAAAAUCCUGAGAGGCCCAGCCCAAUCCAGCUGUACUCACCUCCUUUCAUCCUGGCACCCAUCAAAGACAAACAGACAGAGCUGGGAGAAACCUUUGGAGAGGCCAGUCAGAAGUACAACGUGCUGUUUGUGGGGUACUGCCUGUCCCACGACCAGCGCUGGCUCCUGGCGUCCUGCACGGACCUGCACGGGGAACUGCUGGAGACCUGCAUCGUCAACAUCGACCUGCCCAACAGGUCAAGGAGGAGCAAGUUGUCUGCCCGUAAAAUUGGUCUGCAGAAGCUCUGGGAAUGGUGCAUUGGCAUUGUACAGAUGACAUCACUGCCUUGGAGAGUCGUGAUCGGGCGGCUGGGCCGGCUGGGCCACGGGGAGCUGAAAGACUGGAGUAUCCUCCUUGGGGAGUGUUCCCUGCAGACAAUCAGCAAACAGCUAAAGGAGGUGUGCCGCAUGUGUGGCAUCUCAGCAGCAGACUCCCCCUCCAUCCUCAGUGCCUGCCUAGUUGCCAUGGAGCCACAGGGAUCAUUCGUGGUGAUGCCAGAUGCUGUCACGAUGGGCUCGGUGUUUGGCCGGAGCACUGCGCUGAACCUGCAGUCAUCUCAGCUCAACACCCCUCAGGAUGCCUCCUGUACACACAUCCUGGUUUUCCCAACCUCUGCUACUAUCCAGGUGGCACCAGCAAAUUACCCCAAUGAGGAUGGGUUCAGCCCUACCAACGAUGACAUGUUCGACCUCCCGUUCCCAGAUGACAUGGACAAUGACAUCAGAAUUUUGAUAACAGGGAAUCUUCACUCUUCACCAAAUUCCUCCCCAGUUCCUUCCCCUGGAUCACCAUCUGGCAUUGGAGUGGGAUCUCACUACCAUCACAGCAGGAGCCAAGGGGAACGUCUUCUCUCCAGAGAAGCCCCUGAAGAGCUGAAGCAGCAGCCUCUUGCUCUUGGAUACUUCGUGUCGACUGCCAAAGCUGAGAAUCUUCCACAGUGGUUCUGGUCAUCCUGUCCUCAGGCACAGAACCAGUGUCCCCUCUUCCUGAAGGCCUCACUCCAUCACCACAUCUCUGUAGCGCAGACGGACGAGCUUCUACCUGCCAGAAAUUCUCAGCGAGUUCCUCAUCCCCUUGACUCUAAAACUACAUCAGAUGUCUUGAGGUUCGUGCUGGAGCAGUACAACGCGCUGUCCUGGCUCACCUGUAACCCUGCCACUCAGGACCGCAGCUCCUGCCUUCCUGUCCACUUCGUGGUGCUCACUCAGCUGUACAAUGCCAUCAUGAACAUACUGUAAUAGAUAGCAAAGCACUUGUUCUUCUUCUGGCUUCUUCUCCCCUCGACCUGAGAAACGUGCCACAACCUGCAAAGAUCACGGUUUUGCUUCUCUUCAGACCAGUCCUGUGCUGUGCUUCUGUUCCUCCAAAAGCACAUGUGAAUUCUGCAGUGUUCAAAACUAAACUACCCAUUGACAUCUCUGGCAGCUUCAGUCCAAAAUCUGGGAACAUCCAAGAACAGUGAACACAGAGUAACCUCAAGCCAGUGUUAGUUUGGUGGCCCAGUAACUACUGGUCAGUGUGAUUAUUUUUUUUACUAUUUUAUUUUUUUAAGGAAGACUACAGGAUCUUUUUGCAUUAGGAACUCUGAUAAACAACCAAGGGCGGGCUCAGUCCUGCCAGUAAAACCACCUUGUAGUGACCAGUUUGGGUGUUUUGUCGUUUGGUCGUCGUUAAACUGGGACUUUGCAGGAGUUGAAAAACCACAAAAACAAACCCACACAGUUGUAGUCUCGUAUAAAUAUUGGAGUUUUCUGUCUACCUGGAGUUCCUGUCAGAGUGGAUUGGGAUGAAUGCAUGCAUUUGUUACCUGUCCAUGUAGAUAUGAAUGGUCU